UUCUAUUUCUCAAUAUAUAUACUAAAAGUAUAGUAUCCAGUGUAGAACCACAGGGUUAAGGGUUACCAGAAGAUCCACGUAAGCAAGGCAUUCACUGUUUGCCAGUGAUCCAGAGAAAGUAUUUGCUUCGAAAUUACUCGGAUCGAAAUUAGUAGAUGACAUAUUUUUUAAGGAAAUGAAACGAACUUUGUUACGCUUGUGAUUAAGCGUGGUGACUUCAUCUCUUUUAGAGUUCAGCAGGAUUUCUUGAACGGGAAGUUUUGGUUGGUAUAUUCGCACUACCAAAUAUCACUGCCAGACUCUCACAGCAACCACAUUAUCACCACCAUGGCUAUUCUGACACCAAUGAAACUGAUGCCCCUAUCUAUCGUGCUUGCGCCCUUUAGGCUUGCCUACAAUGUCACGUCCUACACCGUGAACUUGGUGGUGUCUGCGGUCAGCCACACAAUAGUGAUUCCCGUCUUGCUUACCUUCAACAUCAUGAUAUACACGCCGUUCAUUAGGAUGCCAUUCGUUGGUCCGCUCGUGUGGCUCCUUGAGUUGAACAAUUCGGAGCAUGUAUCGGACUACGACUGGUUGAGCCAACAACUCCACUUGUUUCUCGUCAACGCCUUCCAUUUCGUUCUAGUGGCAGUUUACAUAGGGGUGAUUGUGGGGGUGCUCAGCGGCUUGAACUUGAAGGUGAUUAGAUUUGUGUUUGGGCUAUUCUUGCGCUCUGGGGAUGCUGCUACUUCUCGUCCUAAGGAUACCAAGGCGAUGCAAACCACCCCCUUUCUCGACGAGGUCUACUCCAGAGCCCUCAAAAAAGAGCAACAGAACAAUGCUGCAGACAACAUCGAAGCGUUUUCACCCGUGCAGUCAAUUCCGUCCAACUCCACGGAGUCGCUGGUGACACACUUGGAGCCACUUUCGCCCCCUUACUCCCCACGAGAUGGCGUCAGGUCCACGGCAAGUGGCAUCGAAAGCCGUCUUUCUGCCCAGCGCUUGCGGGAAAGGUUCCGGAACAAAGACCACUUUGUCAACGACGGUGGCAUGGACAUCUACGAGGACGACGACGGCUACGGCUACAAUGAGGCAGGUGCCGAAAUGGCCCAAGCGCCGUUAAUCAACACCAUCGAAGAGGAAACCGAAAGCGAGGACCGGGAGGACACGCCCCGCCAUGAAACACUCUCUUUACGUGGUGGCUUCGACGUCAAUACGACCAGUACCAAAACGACCCCCCACGGCUCGCUUAAAAGAUGAUAGUUACGUAAGCGGAACCACCUCAUAGCAGGACCACAUAUUUGCAGACUAUAAAUAAGUGGUGUUCUCCAACAGCUUCACUCCUAUACUUGACAACCACCACCGCCAAGAACGCUUCUUUGGUCAUGCAACAUCCCACGGCCCGAAGGGCCAAUACGCACAACAGGCUCCUCUCCUCCGACAAUUUCGCCCUCUCGGAGUCCCACCACGAUGCUUUGGGUGCCGCCAACACCUCGAUCCGGCAGGUCAAGGUGGUCCAGAAGCUCGUUCCUAGGCCGGUUUCUUAUCCCUCGACUAGUCGGCCGCUGGGUGUGUUCGCAACUCCUCCACACUCGUCAUCCGACUCUGCCAUCCACACCACCAACUCGUUUGUGAAGAGAAUAUCCUUUGUCGACAGCAACAAAAUGGACACGGCAAUUCCUUGGCCUAGACUCAGAACAU